CGCCCCAAAGCGCUCCGGCGCCAGUCCCAGGGCGCAGGCGCAGGGCUCCUCCAGGCCGCGCGGCAGGUCGCGCGGCCGCGCGGCCGCGGAGGACCCCUCCCCCACUUUUCGCUGCGCACGGCAGGAACCCGUCGCCCGGGCUGCUUCGCCUGCUGUGGUCGGUCGUCGUCAUGGAUUCUCCGUGGGAUGAGCUGACCCUUGCCUUUUCUCGCACGUCUAUGUUCCCCUUCUUUGACAUCGCCCACUACCUGGUGUCCGUGAUGGCGCUGAAGCGUCAGCCAGGAGCUGCGGCAGUGGCACGGAAGAAUCCUCUUUCAAGCUGGUUUACUGCUAUGCUCCAUUGCUUUGGUGGAGGAAUUUUAUCCUGUGUAUUGCUUGCAGAGCCUCCGUUGAGGUUUCUUGCAAACACCACUAAUAUAUUACUGGCAUCUUCAAUCUGGUAUAUUGUAUUUUUUUGCCCAUGUGACCUAGUUUCCCAGGGCUAUUCUUUCCUACCUGUUCAACUCUUGGCAGCGGGAAUGAAAGAAGUGACCAGAACUUGGAAAAUAGUAGGUGGAGUCACACAUGCUAAUAGCUAUUACAAAAAUGGCUGGAUAGUCAUGAUAGCUAUUGGAUGGGCUCGAGGGGCAGGUGGUACUGUUAUCACGAAUUUUGAGCAGUUGGUAAAAGGAGGUUGGAAACCAGAAGCUGAUGAAUGGCUGAAGAUGUCCUACCCUGCCAAGGUAACCCUACUGGGGUCAGUUAUCUUCACUUUCCAGCACAUGAAGCAUCUGGCAGUAUCAAGGCAUAACCUUAUGUUCCUUUAUACCAUGUUUCUUGUGGCCACAAAGGAGUUGGGAGGACACCCUCUUCUACUACCCCUUCGCCCAAACUCUGAUCAGUCCUGAAGCAAUUCUUUCUUGGUAAUGCCUCAGUCUUGGAUGAGUGUAUAUCUUCUUCAUAAAGAUGAGUGUAUAUGUCCUUCAUAAUGGAACAAAAUCAAUAUAAGGUUUAUGGAAAAAUUCUGUUGCACAAGAGAAGCAUGGUAAUGUACUGUGACUAAGCAAAUUCACUUUCCUCUGAGAUAUAUUUCUUAUAAGAAACUGAAAACACAUUAAAAAAAAUAUCAAUUCCUAACAAGACAUGCAAAGAUACUUGCUUCUAUUAAACUGACUGGGCUGUUCUUGGGAGGGAAGGGAGUAAGAAAACAAAAGGAUGCACAGAAAUGAGCAAAUAUAGUAGCUGAAAUACAAUCUACAGAGGAAUCAAGAGAGGGGAGACUGGAUACUAUUAAAAAAAGCAAUUAAGUGAGGUAGAAGACAAACUUUAGGUGUUCUCAGAAUGCAGAGGAAAAGGGCAAAGAUAUUAAAGCAGUAUCAAAGAAGAUGGCAACUGUCAGCAAUAGAAAGCAGAAAUUAGCUUCAUAAUUAAUAUGCAUUCUAGAUGGGGCGCCUGGGUGGCUCAGUCGGUUAAGCGACUGCCUUCGGCUCAAGUCAUGAUCCUGGAGUCCCGGGAUCGAGUCCCGCAUCGGGCUCCCUGCUCGGCAGGGAGUCUGCUUCUCCCUCUGACCCUCCUCCCUCUCAUGCUCUCUCUAUCUCAUUCUCUCUGUCUCAAAUAAAUAAAUAAAAUCUUAAAAAAAUUUUUUUUUUUUUUAAAAUAUGCAUUCUAGAAAACGAAUCCAGAACGAAUGGAGUGGAGGCAAUAAAUGUGGGAAAAAAUAAAAACAGGAUUUCUGACUUUAAAAUAUCUUUUAAAAAUUUUUAAAAAUUGGAUUUCAAAGAAAAGAAAUAACCCUGCAAGCAUCCUGAAAAGAAAGUAAAAAACCUGUUUCUGACAAGUGAGCAGAAAGCAGAUUGAUAUUAGAAUUCUUGGCAACACUGAAUGCCAGGAAACAAUGUAGCGAUGUCUGUAGAACUUAGUGAAGAAGGCUAUGGUUCCUAUGUGAAGGAAAUAGGAAGAUACCUUCAGAGAUGUUUGGUAUCUGGAGAAAUAUCCCACCCACAUAAUAUUGCUUAACAAAUUGGUCACAAGGUGUCCGUCCCAGAUCCUUGAGAUGACAUACACUGCAGUGAGCAUUGACUAUGUUAAAUACACAGAUAUAAUUUAAGUAAUGGUGACAGAAGGCAAAAGACUAUAUGUAAAGAAAUUAUACAUGUUAUAUAUACAUUUAAAAGAGAAAAUAAUAUUAUCUGAAUUCAAAAUAGAAGAAAGCAGAAUGGAAGGAAUAGAGGCAAGAGAAAAUGUAAGGGCUAAUUUUCAUAUUUUCAAUAGAUUACAGUAAAAAUUACAGUCUGUAUUUGAUAAAAAUAGAUUUGAGAGUGCUUUUGAAAGUUUUCCAUGGAAUUCAUUAUUGGAAUUCCAAAUUUUUGUAGAAGAGUGAAACAAAGAUUAACCUAUAAAGAAAACUGGAACAGAAAGGAAUAUCAAAGAAACGAAAAACAGAAAAUAUAAAAUGGCAUUAGAAAGACGAGCAUAACAAGUCUGAGAAUAAAUAUAAGUAGUUUAAAAUUUCCUGUUUAAAAAAAAUUAAACUUCCUCCAAUUUGAUCAUAAAAUUCAAUGGUUUGCUAUGUUCAACUAUAAAAUAAAAGGCAAGGAUGUAUGAGGAAAAUGGAAACAAAAAAAGAGAACGGUUAUAGGAAUCACUAAUAACUCAUUUUAGAAUCAUUUUAUGCUGCUGGAAGUGCUGAUAUAGAUCAGUGGUUCUCUAACUGGUACAUCAGAAUCACCUGGAGGGUCUGUCAAUAAACAGAUCCCUGGGCCCCACCCACAGAGUUUCUGAUUCAUUAAGUCUGGGAUGGGGCGUGAGCAUUUACACGGCUAACAAAUUUCCAGGUGAGGCUGAUGCUGCCAGUCACCGAGAAAAACCGAUUGAGAGUGGAGAUUUAAUGGGAAUGCAAAUUUUUGUGCUAAGGAAUAGCGUCAAAAUAUACAUAGCAAAAGCCAUUGGAAAUAUAAGAAGAUAAGAGAAUAACAAAUUUCAACAUUUUUUAAAAUAAAAAUAAAAUUAUAAAUCUCAAAAAAAAAAAAAAAAGGAAAACACAGUCCAGGCUAGAGGUGAUUAUGGAUAAUUCUUCCUCAAUUGACAAGAACUGUAAAAAAUUUCACUAUCAUUUGUACUGUUCUAGAAGAGGGAACCUGAUGAGUUUAAAGCCAAUGAAAAAGUGGCAUAAUCUAAAUAUUCUCAAGAGAGAUGGAUGAAAAGGAAACCCAUAGACCGUUCUCAGGAAUCUUAAGUCUUAACAAAAAAAAGUGAGUGGAAAAUGACACACUAGAACCAAGGAAGGUUUAUCCCAUAAAGGAAAGGAUUAUUUUUAGGAAUUUAUUACAAUAAAACAUUAUAUUCAUAGAGAUCCCUAAAAAAAAAAAGAGAGAACAUAUUACACCCAUUUACUAGAAAACUUAGCAUUAUUAAGAGUUUCUGUGUAAACCCAAAUCAUCCUUGGUGGUGAUCAAUUAUGGUGAUCUAGAGUUCCCAUUAAUCUCACGACAUUAGUGAGAACAUUUAUAGUUCUCAAAAUAGAGGACUUGAUUGGGUCAGUUUCCCCCCAUUUAUAUGGAAUACCUCUUUUUUUUUAAGAUUUUAUUUAUUUAUUUGACAGAGAGAGACACAGUGAGAGAGGGAACACAAGCAGGGGGACUGGGAGAAGGAGAAGCAGGCUUCCCGCAGAGCUGGGAGCCCGAUGUGGGGCUCGAUCCCAGCCUGAGCCGAAGGCAGUCGCUUAACCAACUGAGCCACCCAGGAGCCCCAUAUGGAAUACCUCUUAACUAGUGUCUUUAUCAAGCGAUCUUAUGAGUUCCUGGCCUUCUUCAGACCUUUGCAACUGCUCCCUGGUGCCAUCAGCUAUGGCUCAAGUGGCGGAUUAUGUAUGUGACACAUAGGACUCCAGCCGGGGAAGCAAGCCGGGGCAUGCUUCUUCAGGAGGAAAGUGACCUGGAAGGCAUUCCCAGGACUUCUUUUGCAAUGUGGACAGUUCAUGGGCAUCUUUCUGAGCCAUACAGCAUCUGUGAUAGAAAAGAGUUCAGAAGGAAGGAUGAUGGAACAUGAUAUUUCUCCAUAAAGGAAUCGUAACAAAUAUUGGCGAUGACACUGAACUUUCUACAGCUAUGUGGGCUGAGGUUUUGAAUUAUUUCUCUUGGAUAUAAAAGAACACAGUGACUCAAAGGGCCAGAAGUGGGGCUGGGACAACUGGAUAUCCAAAUGCAAAAGAAUGAACUCGAACUCCUAUUGCACACAAUAUAAGAAAAUCAAGAUGGAUUAAUCACCUAAAAGUAAGAGGUAUUCCCCUAAGGAUUCUUAAAGUAAACAUAGGCAUAAAUCUUCAUGAUCCCAGAUUUGGCAAUGGUUCCUUAAAUAUGGCAAUAAAAGCACAAGUAUCCAAAGAAAAUAUAGAUAAAUUGGACUUCAUCAAAUUUAAAAACUUUGGUGCUUCACAAGGCUUCAGAGGGCCUUCCAGAUUCGUUCCGGAUUCGUUUUCUAGAAUGCAUAUUAAUCAUGAAGCUAAUUUCUGCUUUCUAUUGCUGACAGUUGCCAUCUUCUUUGAUACUGCUUUAAUAUCUUUGCCCUUUUCCUCUGCAUUCUGAGAACACCUAAAGUUUGUCUUCUACCUCACUUAAUUGCUUUUUUUAAUAGUAUCCAGUCUCCCCUCUCUUGAUUCCUCUGUAGAUUGUAUUUCAGCUUUUAUUUCAUCAAUAAAAUGAAAAGAUAAUUCACAGAAUGGGAGUAAAUAUUUGCAAAUCAUAUAUCUGAUAAAGGACUUAUCUCUGGAAUAUUUAAGGAACUCUUACAAUUCAGUAGUAAAAAGACAACAAAAUUAAAGAUGGGCACAGGAUCUGAAUAGAUAUUUCUCUGUGGAAGAUCUACAAAUGGUCAAUAAGCACAUGAAAAGCUGCUCAACAUCAUUAGUCAUCUGAGAAAUGCAAAUCAACCCCACAAUGAGGCACCGCUUUAUACCCACUAGGGUGGCUCUAAUUAAAAGGACAGAUAACAAGUAUUGACGAGGAUAUGGAGAAAUUAGAACACUCAUAUACUGCUGGUGGGGAUGUAAAAUGGUACAUUGCUUUGGAAAACGGUCUGUCAAUUACUCAAAAAUUUAAACGUAGAAUUACCAUAUGACCCAGUGACAAUUCCACUCCUAGGUAUAUACCCAAGAGAAAUGCAAACAUAUGUCUGCCAAACAAACUUGUAUGUGAAUGUUCACAGCAGCGUUAUUGACGAUAGCCAAAAGGUGAAAACAACCCAAGUGUCCAUUAUUGGGUCAUAAAAAGGAAUAUUGAUACAUGCUAAGUGAAUAAAUCUUAAAAAUAUUAUGCUAUGUGGAAGAAGCUAGUCACAGAGGAUCACAUAUUGUAGUAUUCCAUUUAUAUGAAAUGUCCUGAAUAGGCAAAUUCAUGGAGAUAGGAAGUAUUCUAGUGGUUACCUAUACUAGGAUGAGGAGUUUAGGAGCUAAAGGGUAUGGAGUUCUCUUUGGGGUGAUGAAAACAUUCUAAAGUUGAUGGUAAUAAUGGUUGCACAUUUCUGUGCAUAUACUAAAAACCACUGAAUUGUGCACUUUAAUGGAUAAAUUAUACAGUAUGUAAAUUAUAUCUCAAUAAAGCUAUUAUAAAGACUAGAAUAUUGUGGACAUCGGGGUCAUACAUAGACUGAAUCUCCUCACUGUAUCCUCCAUAUCUUCUUACAUUUAAAAAAUGUUUAUUUUUCCUGCUUAGAGUUUUAAACUUCUCGUGUCUCUUCCACUGUGGUAAUCCAAUUUUCUGCAGUAUCUGUCUGCUUCCAUUACAGUUUUAAUUCCAGUUUUAUUUUCAUGUUCACCCAAUCUUUCUUGAUGUCAAAUUGUUACUUUUUCAUGACUCUGUUUUAGUUUCAUAGGUUCAAUAUAUUCUUGAAUCUUGCUGAGCAUAUGACUCAUAAAUGCUUUAAAAUUUCUGCUGCUUCUUGGAGUAAAUCUAUUUCAUAAAUGCAAUUUUUUAAAAAAGGAUUUCCUCUUCUUCUGACCUGCAGUAUUCUUACUUCAUAGAUGGGGUGAUUUUACUCUGUUUGAAGACUUGGGGCAUCUCACCUCCAAGACUCAGCACUUUGCUUGUCCUCUAGAAAAUAAACUUAGCUGUUUGCUAAAUGUAGUACAUGCCCUGGGGUGAUGCCGAUGUUGGUAAUCUUCACUGGGGUCAGUCUACAAAUUGUUAAUGGAUUGCUGACUCAAUAUGUUUGCCAUUUUCAUGGAAAUUUGGGAGUGGAGACAUUCAAAUGUCUUUUCUAAGUUGCCAUCUUAGCCAUCUUU